AUGCGGCUUCUCCAUUUUGAUGCGCUGGGCAGACUGAUCUUGACAGACUUUCGUGGCAAGCCGAUCCCGCCCUACGCUAUCCUGUCGCACCGAUGGAGUGAUUCUGAGACCCUCAUCGAAGAAAUAUUGAAUGAAAAGUACAAAGAAAGAGAAGAAGGCUCUAAAAAGCUACAGUUCUGCUCCAAACAGGCGGCUCAAGACGGGCUGCAGUACUUCUGGAUCGACACAUGCUGCAUUGAUAGAUGGGACAACAACGAGCGCUCGAAGGCGAUCAACUCGAUGUUCCAGUGGUACCGGAAUGCGGCCCGAUGCUACGUCUUCUUGUCAGACGUGUUGCUGUCAGCUGUGACGGGGACGGCCACAUGCAGCGACUGGGAGGCGUCGUUCCGGAAGAGCGAAUGGUUCACUCGAGGAUGGACGCUCCAAGAGCUGAUUGCGCCAGUGUCAGUCGAGUUCUUCUCGCGCGAAGGACAGCGCAUAGGCGACAGAGCGUCGCUCGACCAGCUCAUACACGAGAUCACCGACAUCCCGCUCGCCGCGCUGCGCAACUGUCCUUUAGACCAGUUCAGCACAUCUGAGCGAAGGCGAUGGGUCGAAAAUCGCAGAACGACCGAAGACGAAGACAUUGUAUACUGCCUGCUUGGAGUUCUCGGCAUCUCUAUGCCUAUCACGUAUGGAGAAGGAAAGGAGAGCGCAUUGAGAAGACUGCAGGCUGAAGUCGAGGGAGCUGGCAGCGCACUGUCAAUCAUUCCGUUCUCACGAAACGAGUCUUUCGUGGGUCGCGAAUUGCAGCUUGCCGAGCUUGAAGCAAAGCUCUUUAGCGAUCAACAGACCACUACCAUGCUAGCGAUAGUGGGGCCAGGGGGAACAGGCAAGUCGCAGCUCGCGCUUGAGGUUGCACACAGAACAAGACUAAAGAACAAGGACUGCUCGGUCUUCUGGAUAGACGCGAGCGACAAAGACAGCAUCUACUGGUCUUAUGCAAGCGUCGCGCAGAAGCUCAGUAUUCCUGGUUGUGACGAUGACCAGGCAUACAUAAAGCAGGUUGUAAAACGCUGUGUUGCAGAGGUGAGUACGCGGCAGUGUUUGCUGAUCUUCGACAACGUCGAGGCCACAACUGUACGGCCUAGCGGCUUGCCUACGACACAAGCUGCAGAUAUGGUCGACUUUCUGCCGCACUCCAAGCUGUGUUCUGUCGUCUUUACAACAACAGAGCGCGAUACCGCCGAGGCGCUUGCUCCACAAAAUGUCAUAGCGUUGCAUGAGCUGACGCCAGACAUGGCGCUGAGGAUGCUACAAAACCGCUUGACAACGCCGCUUUCAUACACGGAGCAGCAGGAAGCCAUGCGCUUGCUAAAAGAGCUAUCAUAUCUGCCUUUAGCAGUUGUGCAAGCGGCAGCGUGCAUGAACGCAAGUAGUAUGACAGUGCAGCAGUACCAAGCACAGCUCGAUGAGCACAAAGAAGCAGCUCUCAACUACAGCGAUAAGUCGUCUAGCGGCAAGCUGCGGGAAUCUGGCGUGAGCAACACUGUAGCCGCUACACUAUCUCUCUCUUUAAGCCAAAUCCGCUAUAGCAAUGCGGUCGCUGCAGACUAUCUCUUUCUUGUUGCAUGCGUAGAUCGAAAGGACAUCUCGCUCAAUCUUCUAGAGGCAGCUUCGCCACGGGCCCGUGAAGAUGCCAUUAAGGCACUUGACAGGUAUGCGCUUGUCACCAGGCGACCUGCUGAGUCAGCGCUCGAUGUUCACCGACUCGUCCAUCAUGCGCUGAGAAAGAGGCUGCAGGUGGAGGGUCGGCUCCAAGAAUACAUUCAACGCACAAUCACACAGCUACUCUGGUCAGAGGAGGGAUGA